AUGUCGACCGUAGCACUGCUCGUACCACCACCAACUCUCGCGAGGCCCCCGGCUCUGCGCUCCCGUCACAUCGGCUUUCUCUCAAGAUCCUGCAAGCUCGGCUCGUCGCGAGUAACCGCCAUGUCGUCGUCGUCGUCCGAUCCGUCGCUGGCGACCGAGGCGCCCCAGGCGGCCGUCACCAGCGAGCGCAAGCUCAACCGCGACCUGCAGGAGCAGCUCGCCAAGCCAUAUCUGGCCAGAGCAAUGGCGGCGGUUGACCCGAGCCACCCGGAGGGCAGCAAGGGGAGGGACACCAAGGGCAUGAGCGUGCUCCAGCAGCACGCCGCCUUCUUCGACCGCAACGGCGACGGGGUCAUCUACCCAUGGGAGACCUUCCAGAGCCUGCGAGCAAUCGGGCUUGGGUCGCCUUCAGCCUUCGGAACAUCCAUACUCCUCCACCUCGUCCUCACUUAUCCUACUCAACCGGGAUGGAUGCCUUCCCCUCUGCUGUCGAUCCAUAUAAAGAACAUCCACAGGGGCAAGCACGGGAGCGAUUCUGAGACGUAUGACACAGAAGGGAGUUUUUCUUCCUCUGUGUGUAGGUUUGAACCAGCGAAAUUCGAUGCUAUAUUCAGCAAGUUUGGCAAAACUCGGCCAAAUGCUUUGUCAGAAGAUGAGAUUAACGCCAUGCUUAAAUACAACCGCAAUAUGUAUGAUUUCCUGGGCUGGGCCGCGGCCAACCUCGAAUGGAAGUUGCUGCACAAGGUGGCAAAGGAUAACGAAGGCUUUUUGCAGCGAGAAAUCGUGCGGGGCGCCUUCGAUGGCAGCCUGUUCGAGCGUCUGCAGGAAAGCAAGAAAUCUACCUGA